UCUUCCGGCACAGCUCACACAGAUAGGUUGAUCAAAUUCUAUGCAAAUUAGAUGUAUCCAGCAGAUGGGAAAUAUUGGUGAUUAAAAACUUCCCUCGCCGCAUGUUGUCGCGCUUGUCUGUUCUAAUGUAGGACAUUUGCCAGCCUGCAUUUAAACCUGCUUGCUGUCAGCCAAAUAAGCGCUUUUCCUUCAGUGACAAUAGUGCGGGGAGUCCACCUAAACAGGAUCACAGGGAGUGAGCAGCUUCCUGGUCAUAAAGAAGUGCGUCUUGCUUCAAUUUCAGUGAUUGCCUACGUACCGCAGUCACCAUCAGAGCGGGGUUAUUGACGCAGUGUGGAGUCUCCCGGCAGCAUUGCCAACUCGGCUGCACUACAGACGCAUCCAUGAGCGAAACCGCGAUGGCCGUGGUACAGCUCGAUACCGAGGACCAUCAAUCGGAGAACGGCUUUGUGUCCCCCGAAACCGAGUCGCCGGGAUUGCUCACACGCAUUGACAGUUGUGUCUUGCCUUUUCUUGGGGGAUUUGGGAAAUACCAGAGACAGCUAAUCGUGCUGACAUGGAUUCCGGCGUUAUUUAUUGGAUUCAGCCAGUACUCUGAUGAAUUCCUUCUUGCCCAACCGAACAACACAUGUGUUCCGCCUAUGGCAAACACGACCAAUUUGAGUAGAAGUCCUUUAUUUCAUGGGGCAAAUAAUAGUUUUCCGCGAACAGCGGCGUACGUUUAUACCAAUGGCACCCACAAUGAUACGGCUAGGCAUCUGCAACAUUGUAUGUGCAAAGAGUGGACGUUUGAGCUGCAUACCGGACUCAUUCAGAAUGUGGUUACCAAGUGGAGUUUGGUGUGUGACUCGGCAUGGAAGGUCCACAUCGCUAAGUUCUCUCUGCUCGUGGGCUCCAUAUUCGGAUACCUGGUCUUUGGGGUCCUGGCAGACUGGUUUGGUCGCCACCCGGUCCUGAUCAUCUCGGUCCUGUUCAUGCUGGUGUUCGGUCUGACCGUGGCCUUCUCGAUCAACGUUCCCAUGUUCAGCACCUUGCGCUUCUUCGAGGGCUUCUGCCUGGCAGGCAUCAUCCUCUCCCUCUACAUCCUCAGGAUUGAGCUGUGCCUACCAGCCUGGCGUUUCUCCAUGACCAUGGUUGCCAGCUUCGUGGUGCUGGGCGGGCAGCUCCUUAUGCCAGGGAUGGCAUACCUCUGUCGAGACUGGCAGGUCCUGCAGGCCGUCAUCAUCUGCCCGCUGAUCCUCAUGGUCUCUUAUAUCUGGAUCUUCCCCGAGUCUCUGCGGUGGCUGCUGGCCACUCAACAGUAUGGCCGCUCCAAGUGGAUCAUGGGACACAUUGCCAAGAAGAACCAGGUUAACACCGAGCUGGACACUGAUCACAUCCUCACAGAGUUGCAGAAAGCUCUUCAGAAGAAGCCCAAAAAGACAUGUAUUGUGAAGAUGGUGGGGACAAGGAACCUGUGGAAAAACAUUGUGGUCCUCUGCGUGAACUCACUGACGGGCUAUGGGAUCCACCAUUGCUUUGCCCGCAGUAUGAUGGACCACCACGAGACCCACGAGUCCACCAUGUUCCACAACUUCUACGCUGACUACUACACCAUGGCGGGCAUCGCAGUGGCAUCAUGCAUUGCACUGUGCCCGGCAGUGUCCCUGAUGGGGAGGAGGGGUGGCCUGCUCAUGUUUAUGAUAAUCACUGCACUGGCAUCACUGCUUCAGCUAGGCCUGCUCAACUUACUGGGGAAAUACAGUGUACAUCUGAAUAUAGAGCGCUCGGAUACGCUGAAUAAGAACUUCUCCAUCGCCUUCUCCAUCAUCGGCAUGUUCUCCUCCCACGCUGUCAGCAACUUGAGCAUCUUCUUCUGCGCUGAGAUCACGCCCACCGUCAUCAGGGGUGGGGGUCUGGGCCUGGUGCUCGCCAGCGCUGGCUUCGGCAUGCUGACCGCCCCCAUCAUGGAACUCCACAACCAGAAGGGCUACUUCCUUCACCACAUCAUCUUCGCCUGUUGCACCCUCAUCUGCAUCAUCUGCAUUCUCCUCCUCCCCGAGACGCGCUACCAGCCCCUGCCCGAGACCCUGGCCGACGGGGAGUGUUACACCCGCCAGCCCCUGCUGCCCCCCAGGAGGCCUGGCGAACAGCGCCUCCUCCUGGCCCAGGUGGAGAGCAACAGGGACUACACCCGGGUCCAUGACACGCCGCUGCACGAGGCGGCCGCCACCGCCGUCUCCACAAUGGAGUUCACGGCGUCCUCCGCUGUUGACCGCGCAGCACCAUCGGUUAUUGAUAUUUCGGCGCCCUCCGCUAGGACGUUAAUGUCACACCAGCAUGAGUCUGAUGGCAAAUCCACUGAAGACUCCACUGAUAUACCCCUCAUUAAUUCUGUUGCCCCUUCAUCCACUUUCAAUGUUGAUGAUGAGACAGCUCCCUCCCCUACUAAAGACAUUACCACUGACCCCCUCACAGAAGAUACCCAUACAUCCAUCUUGGUCAACACCAUUUCCCCUGUCACUGAAACUCUUCCCAUCUCUUUAUUGGAAUCAACCAUUCCGCCAGUACUUGAUUCAACCCCUACCUCCGCAUUGUACCCUUCCACUCCUAGUUCCGCAGUGGAUCCUUCCACUCCACCUGUUAUAGAAUCCACCCCCACUUCAUUGGAUGCUCCAGAAGUAAUUGAAAUUCCCCCUACCUCCACAUUGGACUCUCCCCCUGUCAUAGAAACCACCCCUACAUUGGACUCUGCCACUCCCCCUGUACUUGACCUUUUACCCCCUUCUCCAACACCCUCCCCUGGUCCUGUCAUCAGUGACAUUUUUCUCCCUCCCCCCAUGGCGGACUGUACGACUCCUAUUGAUUCUGCUGACCACAUAACCACAGACCCGAUCAUAUACUCUCCAGAUGACAAACUCCCCGCUCCUCCUCCCCCUACAUCAGACUGUACCAUUCCCCUUCUCAUAGACUCUGUCCAUACUCUGGAGUUGGACUCUUCUUCCCCAUGUGUUAAUAAUGUUAUUGUUUCUCCCACUUACCCUGUUGUAGCUCAUUCCCCUGUUCAUCCCCCCAUCUGCCCACUACCACCACCACCCAAUGACUCAGGUCAUAUCCCCACAACAGUGGACUCUUCCAUUCCCCCUGUCAUGGACACUGUUCACAGCCCCACUGUGGACUCUACCACUCACCCCAUCACAGACAUUGUUCAAACCCUUUCAUUGGACUCUACCAUUCCGCUUGUCAUAGACUCUCAGCACCCCAAAGUAACAGACUCUGAGACCACAGAGGCGGCCACCGCUUCUACAAUAAUGGACUGUACCAUCUCCUCCCCCAUAGACUCGGGAAUCCUCCCUAUAAUGGACUGUACUAUCUCAGAAAACCGCGUCAUCAACGGGGUGGCGUCGUCAUGAUCCAAGGCUCUACCUCUGGAACAAGGAGGUGUGCCACUCCCUCGUGGAGGAAGAAGUCCUGGACAUCCAGGUCACAUGUAUGGAGUCACUAACUGGCUGAUCAGGCCUCAGACAUUUUGGCUGCUCUGUAGGGAGAAUGCCAGUGACCGACAGGAGAGGGAACAGCUUGAUAUGGGGACGAGUGUAUCUCUGACACCUUUUACUGGGAACAGCCAGAAAACAGGACAGGGGGACCGUGCUGCGGUGACAGUAAUGAGUGGUUACUCUGCCACAGUGCGGAACUGUAAAUAACUGACAUCAUCAGCGUUUUACAUAGUUGUUGUUGGAGGAAUCUGUAUGUGUCAUUUUAGACUGAGAUACUGCCAGCCAAAACUCCCUUUGACUUCCUCUGACACUUUAUCCCAAUGCUUAGUUGGAGAUGCUAUACAUACCACUAAAAACCAUUUGACUGUACAUUUGCCUCAAUUGCAGACUUAGAUGUACGCCCAAUGUGUUUGAUGUACAUUUGCCUUAUGUAGAAAAAAAAAUACUUUAAGAAUACAAUGCAGAAUUUUGAAUGUCAACAGUGCCAGAUAUCUAAACCGAGUUUAGAGUCACCCAAUUGUUUUUGUUGUCAGGAACUGAAUGGAAUCUGUGUAGGGAAAAGAGCAAUUUGCCAAAUAUGAAAAAACCAAAAAAGGGCAAUAAGUUUUGCCCCAAGUAUUGGAGGUGUUUUAAUGUAUGAUGCAAUGAGUUAAAAAAUGACAAGCGAAACAUCUGAAGACUUCAGUCCUUAGUGUUAUACAAGCAUGGGUGUAUGAGAAGGUACUAGAGAAAGAGAAUGUUGCGAACUGAAGAGACAUGUUCAUACGUUUAUUAGGACUAUGGACUGUUUAUGUCGAGAGAAGGAGAGCUUUACCGGUGACGUGGUAGAAGUGAGAGGUCUGUUGGUCCUUUAGGACUAUGUUGUGCUUGUUGACGUUGCGGUCCUGUAAGUGAAACAUUUGAGAAUUUACAGACUAUAUCAAAUGUUUCAUGGGACAUUUGUUUCCACUCUUAAAAAAACGUUAAUGAAUUGUACUGUAGGCAAUUGGAUCUUGUAAAUGUGAUACUCUAGGUCAAAAUGCGUAGUUUGUUGUUGUGCUACUGAUGUUGCGCUUGAUCACAAAAACAAAAAAAAACUAUUGCCAUUAUUUCACGAGGAAGGGGGGUGGGGGGGGUUGUCCUUAGUGUAUAAAGAUAGGCGGCACUGUUAACAUUAUUUGUGUGAAUGUAAGUGGCACUUUAAUCUUCGCUACGGGGACUGAGCAUGUAAACAAAAAUGUGAACUUUUCCAUGAAACAAGGAGGUGAUGUUCAAAUGUUACCUAAAAAAAUCACAAGAGCUAUCUCUGAAAUGGACACAUGAAUGACAAAAGGAUUUUGUCUUCAUUACGAAUACAUCUGUCAUUGCCACCAUCUUGUGUGUGUUUUCUACAUGUAAUUAGCAUAUUUGGUGAAGUAAAAAUAUUUGAAGUAUAUUUCCCUAAUAAUAUACCAGAAAUAUUUCAACUUCACCAAAGUAUGCAAAAUUUAUAUUUGUGAUAUUGACUCAAAUUCUGUUGCGUUUUGAAAUGUAGGCUUAUCCCUCUUUUUUUCUCUUUACUUUUUCUUUUUUUUUUUUACUUCAAAACUUUACCAUUUACUUGAAUUACUUUCAUUGUAAUCAAUACAGACAUGAUAGCGAAAUGUCAUCAUUAUUGGAAAAGCUACAACAAAUGUCUCUGAUUAUUUUAAUUAAAACUAAAAUAUAUGAAGAGCUUUCUUUUUCUUUGAAAAACCCAAAUGUCUAGUGUCAACGUCAUGUUUUACCAACGUCUGUGAAUGACUGACUAUUGACAAUAGUACAUACCGGGCAAACAAAAUGGUGGCUGUCAGUUCACUGGUUAGGCAAUUGCAUCAGAUUGUGUUGUUAGGCCACUGUUUUACAAAUACAACAUCACUUGUUGUGAUGUAGAGCUUCUUUCUUUUCAAAAAUCUUUGACAUAUUGUCCUUUUUCAAAUGCCAUGGAGUCCUGUCUUUUACAGUGUGUUUAAUAUCUAUUUAAAAUGGAAAAUACAAUGGCUUUGGAGGUGACCAAAAUAUCAUGCAAUAGCAGCCACUGAUCACUCAACUGUACACUAAUCAUAAAGUGGUCAUCACAACACACACUGUCAUGUAGUUCUGUGGAUAUAAAAAUGACUAUGUAAAUACUAAAAGUGUAACGACCUACUUUCCGUAUAUUCUCUGGUUAUUUCCUGGUCAAUAAGCACACUGUUAAAGAAGAUCUACUUGUUGCUGUGGUCUUCAUUCCUAAUACUACAUACAUAAAAUUCAAGCACGGUAGAGAAAGGAUAUGUGAAUCAAGUAAAACUUCAUUACACCCCUGUAUGAGCCUCUUAGCUUCUUUUAACAUCUACUAGACUUCACGGCUCAAACCAUAAUGUCUCCUGUACUCCCGUCGAGUCAGAUUAGUACAUUUGGUUAGCUGUGAUGUGAGGACGGUGUUACUAACGCACUAAAGUCUAUUGACACUGGAACAACAGAGGUCAAUCGUACAAAUGUUAAGAGUAUAUAUUGUCUGCAGCUGUAGCAAUACUUCUCACCCCACAUUUCUUGAACUGCAACUGCUCUUGUCUUAAAAUGUCACAAUACAACACAUUACAACCUUACAUUACAGUCUCCGAUUUCAUAUGUGACAGCAUCGUCCGCACCAGCGAUGGUGUAUGCUUGGUCAGAAGUAUAAUGACACAGUCUAUUUCUAUGGGUAGAGUGGGGUGAUGGCUUGGAAAGUGGCUACACUAAAACGGUACAAGUAGAUGGACAAUAUAAUACAUUGAGUAUACAGUGGUAAAGAAAAUGCAUUUGGAGAUGGAAAAGCAGACUGAUAUGUAAACUAACUUUGAUUUGCUGUGCAUUGAUAGGUUGUGCUGUGAUACAGUGGUCUGGAAAUGGUUCUCAACUGAUCAAAUGGCUCCCCUCAUCCUAAAUUGUCCCCACUGCAGCCAAACUAUGUUGCGGAAAUGAGAAACUCCUGAUAUAACAGUUUCUGUUUUUACAUGAUUUGAAUGCAUUAAUGAAUGUAAAAACAUGGAUUUUACCAGUUUAAUUUUCCCUUUUUUGUUUUAACUUGAAUAAUGCAUUUGUAUAUAAGCCAUACGUGUCGUAAUAAACUUCACUAUUUAUUGAUCAAUGAUG